CAUACACGUCAGCGUAAACACGAGGUCACAUGACAUAACCCGGAAGUGUGGGCAACGCUAAGGCUCCAGCCAUAGGCCCACACCGCUAGUUGCUGGUCCUUCGGAGGCUGUAAACUCUGAAUUUGGAAACGGCUAAGAUGUCCAAAUGGCUUCAAGCGGUCCAUUCCAACUAAGUCCUCUAUCUGAACUGGACUUUCCAGGUUGUCCAUACUCGGUGUCUGUCCUCAAAGUAGGUUACUGUCACCCCCAACAGGACGGGACAUUUAAAGCAGACGGAAGCAUUACAUUAAUAACGGGACACAACGGUAACAACAUCCUGGUGGACACAGGGGGGCCAUGGGACAGAGACUUCCUCAUCAAGGCGCUUAAAGAACGGGGUUUGGAGCCAGGAGACAUCCGCUUGGUGGUGGGGACUCAUGGACACUCAGACCACGUGGGCAACUUGAGUCUUUUCCCGUCGUCGCCUAUGAUAGUUGGACAUGACAUGAGCCAAGGGGACAUUUAUACACCCAACAUGUUAGCGCAGGGCGGCGCGCACAUCGUGGACGAGCACGUAUGUGUAGUUCCCACUCCCGGCCACACGGGGCAGGACGUGAGUGUGCAGGUGACAGGGACGUCAGUGGGUACGGUGCUUGUUGCGGGGGACCUAUUUGACAGCUGCUUUGACGAGGACAGUUGGCGGGAGUUGAGUGUCAACACCGAAAUGCAGGAAGUGAGCCGCCAGAGGGCGCUGCGAACAGCUGAUGUCAUCAUACCAGGACAUGGCGUCCCAUUUAAAGUCCUUAGGAAUUAAUAGUUUUUAUAUUAUUUAUUGACACCCUGUUUACAUAGGAAGUUAUUUGAGGAAAUAUGGUAUGUAAACUUUGUAAAAUUGCAUAUUACAACUAUGUGACUAUUUUUUUCCUGCAAUAUUAAAACUUGAGUUACAAGUUUUAAAAUCUUUUUCCUGUAUUAGGACUUUGUCUCCCUAAAUUACCAAUUUUAGAGUCGCUCAUUGUUAUGACUUCUUCCACAUGUACAAAAAAAUACAUUCAAAAAAUUGUCAUACUCUUUAUUUUUGUGUGCUCAGCUAGUAGUCUUUACUGUAGACAACAACUUCAGUUUUUCCAUGUUUUUAUUUUUAUUUCUGUGAUAAUUAUUUUCCCCUGCCCAGAGGGAGGCACAUGUCCACAGUGUACAAGCGUGGAUUGUCCUCAACCGGUGGCUA